UGUGACAGGUAUAUAAUAAGUUGAACCACUGGAGCAUCUCAGUCACACUCGUCCUACUCUCAUCUCUCACAAAGUUUAUUUACGUAAAUAAUUAAAAAGAAUUAGUAACUGGCAGUGGAACAGAAAGUGACUGAUCAGUGGUGAAGAAGGAAAGGUGAUCUGCAGUGGAAGAGAACACUUGAGUAGUGUCACCACCUGACACUUACAAUAAAACCAUGACAGCUCGAGUCGGAGCCACACUGUGUGUAUCUUCUCGCUGCCAUUUGUAUCUACGAAGAUGGGCAGCACCUUCACGGUCACUACACCUUAGAUUUUCUUCUGAACUUGCAAAAAGUUGUGGGUCCAGAGUCACUAAUUGCCAACAUCCAAAAUGGGUUAAAAUGAAGAUGGAUCAUCAGUUACAGUUAGGAAAAGUGAAAUUGUAUUGCACAUCAAACCAGCAGCAUACAAGAGGUGAAAAAAUUGAUGGGGAUUUUAAAAAUACAGAGGAUGAUCAUAAGCCAGUGUCAGAUUCUGUAAUUUUAACUGAAGAAUAUAAAAUAAGCCAUGACAUUGUUGAUAAUACAAGGACCAAGAGGGUAAAUUUUGAAUUAAAUAAUGCUAGUAUCAGAGCUGAUAGUGUUGCAGAGGCAGAAACUAACAUCAUCACCAAUGAUGGGGUAAAAGUAAGUGGUGGAACACCCUCAGUUGUAACAGAGGAAGAUGAAGAGGUGGAUAUGGAGGAGUUGAUUAAACUAGAGGUGGAGUUGUUACGUCAGGAAGGUUUUUCUGUGCCCUCCACCUUUACUCCCAAUAAGUGGCAGGAAUUACUCACCAAAGGUUCUUUCCAUGGACGUAAAAAGUUCCUCAGGUAUCUCUUCAUAACCGAAAUGAAAAAGUUAAAUGAAAAGAAAAAAAGAGAAAUUAAAAGAAAAAUUAGAGAAGAAACUAGUAUACAGAAAGAGAGAGAGAAAGCAGCAGAUAAUGAACACAUCCAAUAUGGUCUGUUCAGAAAUAGUAUAUUCCUUAAGGUUCUUGACUCUACCACCAAUCAGUUCUUUAACUCACGUGUCAUCUCUGCCAUGAUGUUUGGUCAACCCCUCGUGCUAGAUAUGGACUUUGAAAAUCACAUGACAACAAAGGAACGACAAAAUUGUGCCUUCCAGAUCCAGAUGUUGAUAGGAGGGAACAGGGUCCAUGCUGAUCCAUAUGCCAUACACCUCUGUAAUGUAGACAGCUCUGCAGACACCAUGCAGCGACUGGCUAAGUUCAUCCCCACAAUGUACCAGCCAGAGUUUCCAUUGAUAAUGACACCAGAGAGCUAUUUGGAUACAUUUCCUCGAGACAAGUUGGUGUAUCUCACGCCUCACUGUAACGAAAAUAUGGAAAACUAUGACCACGAUGCUAUUUACAUUGUUGGUGCAUUAGUGGAUAAAUCUAAUGGUGCUCCCCUGACCCUUGCUAAAGCUAAAAAGGAAGGUAUUAAAAUGAAGAAGCUUCCUCUUGACAGGUACUUACCAUGGGGCAUAGGUGGGAAGUCUCUUACCAUUAACCAAGUUGUCAAUAUUAUGUUGGAUAUGAAGCAUACAGAUGACUGGCAGUAUUCUUUGCGGCAUGUUCCUAGGAGAAAACUACAAUCCACAAACUCUGAGGUGGAGCUGGAGGAUGUAAUACGGAAAAGAAUCAGCAAGCAGAAAAGAGUCAGGCAUUACUCCUACUCCCUGGAACCGACACAUAGGAGAUACAAGAUGGAUUAGACAUGUAGAAGAGGCACAAGAUUUUAAGACACAAGUACAAGAGUAUUGAAGACACGUGAAUAUUUUAAAUGUGCAGCAAAUAGAAGAAAGAUAAGCAAUGAUAAGGGUAUAUGAAAAUCUCUGCACUGGCCAAGCAACAAGUAGCCCAUACAGGUUAAUAACUUUUGUGUUCACUUCACUUUGCCUUGGCAGGAGACGACCAUUGAGUUAAAAAAAAAAAUUAUAAUCUACUCUGGUUCAGCCACUGGCUUAGUGGGAAUUAGAUUGUACAUUAGUAAACAGAAAAGCCAGUGUUUAGGGAAUUUGUUGAAAUAUUCUGAAACAGAAUACCAGUAAUAUAUGUAAAUGAAUGCCUUGACUUUAAUCAAUUUUUAGAAAAAAUAUAAAGUUCAUUGAUUAUGGAUGAAAAUUUAUGAACAUUAAAAAUUUGGUGAUAAAUUUUUGGAAUGUGUAGUAAAUAACUAAUUAUAUUGAAGAGCACAUACGUGAUGUUUUGCAGGCCAUAUUAACACAUUUUCAAUAAACCUUUGAAUAAUCUGUAUGUAUAAAGAUACAAAUAAUGAAU